AUGUCUGUUUCACUUACUCCUUCUGCUCUCAGAUGUGAAUCAUUUUGUAGUGAUACUUCUCCUAGUAUUGCACCAUCACAAGCUACUUCUGAUGCUUCUACUAUUCCUACACCACUUGCUUCAAAUUCCAAUUAUUUGGUUGUUGUUCAGAAUAAUCCUACAAAGUAUAAAUCUCUUGUUGGUGCUCUUCGGUACUUAACAUGGAGUAGGCCAGAUAUUAACUUUGUUGUAAACCAAGCUGGUUCUCCAAAUGAUAGGCGUUUAACAAGUAGUUUCUGCAUUCUUUUUUUCUAUAAUUCCAUUUCUUGGUCAGCUAAGAAACAAUAUAAUGUUGCCAGAUCAAGCACUGAGGCUGAGUGUCAUGCUCUUGCUCAUACUGCAGCUGAGGUGGUUUGGUUAUGUCAGCUUCUCUAG